AUGCCACGCGAGGUGGUGUCGAUUCAGGUCGGCCAGUGCGGCAACCAGCUUGGCCUCAAGUGGUGGGACGUCAUGCUGGAGGAGCACAAGGCGAACCCGCAGUACCCCGACGCCCGAGAUGCGCUCUUUGACGCGUCGUCCACCGGCCGGGACGGCAAGGCGUCGCUCAAGGCGCGCUGCGUUGCCAUCGACAUGGAGGAGGGCGUUCUGCGAUCCAUGCUGCGUGGCCCGCUGCAGGACCUCUUUGACGCGACAUUCUUCGUCUCGGACGUGAGCGGGGCGGGGAAUAACUGGGCGGUGGGCCACAUGGAAUACGGCGACAAGUACAUCGACAGCAUCUCUGAGUCGGUGCGGGGACAGGUUGAGCGCUGCGACAGCAUCCAGUCCUUCCUUGUGAUGCACUCGCUGAGCGGCGGCACCGGCUCCGGUCUCGGCACGCGCGUGCUGGGGCUGCUGGAGGACGAGUUCCCGCACGUCUUCCGCAUCUGCCCAGUUGUGAUGCCGGGCGCCGUGGACGACGUGGUGACAGCGCCGUACAACACCGCCUUCGCGCUGCGCGAGCUCAUCGAACACGCCGACGCGGUGCUGCCGCUGGACAAUGACGCCCUCGCCCGCAUGGCCGACAGCGCGCUCGGUCGCAAGUCGCUGAGCAACGCGGCGGGGGAGCUGGUGCGCGGCGUCGUGCCAAAGGCGCACGGCUACAGUGUCGCGCAGCCCACCAAGACGACGAUGCCGUACGACUCCAUGAACGCGUUGGUGGCGCAGCUUCUAAGCAAUCUCACCUGUGCUAUGCGGUUCCCUGGUACGCUCAACAUGGACAUCAACGAGAUCACGACUAAUCUUGUGCCGUACCCGCGGCUGCUGUUCCUUACGGCCGCUAUUGCGCCACUCAACGUGGCGCGGCACUCGUCCGUCGCUGGACCGCGCUCCGUCGACGCUAUGCUUGGUGCGUGCCUGGAUAAGGACCACCAGUUUGUCGAUGUUUCGGGCGGCGCGGAGUCGGCACUCACAAAGGAAGCAGGUACAUGUCUUGCCACCGCUAUCGUCGCCCGCGGUCCGCAGAUUACGGUAGGCGACCUGGCACGCAACGUUCCCCGCAUUCGUGAGAGACAAAAGCUCGUGUACUGGAAUGAGGAUGGCUUCAAGAUGGCGCUUUGUGGUGUGAGUCCUCUUGGACACCGGGACUCUGUUCUGAUGCUCGCCAACCACUGUUCUAUUGCACAGAAACUGGAAAAGUCAUACCAGCGCUUUAUGCGGCUCUACGCUGUGCGUUCCCACGUGCACCACUACGAGAAGUUUCUUGAACUCACGUAUUUUGAUGCAACAGCUGAGAUUCUGUCGACUGCAGUGGACGACUACAACUUCCUGAACACUCUGCAGCCCCCAACCGAUGUGCCACGCAGCAUGCGGGAGCUGGUGUACUAUUAG